GUUUCUUUCCUACAUGUUCCCUACCCCUGAUCCACUCUCACCAGUUCACACUCCACUCCACAACCAAUCCUUGCCUUUCCAUCUUAAUCUUCUUCUUCUACUUCUUAUACCACAAAUUCUGAUUCCCCAUCAUCUUCUUUGGAUCUAGCAAGGGUUUUCAGAAGAAGUAAAAAAGCUCCUUAACAUUGUUACUACUAGAUUGAAGCUGAGAUUUUCAAGGAUGAGCUAAUCUCAUGUGACAAAUGUGGAGAUUGAAUCCACCAAACAUGGGUUGGGGAUGGUACUCAAAGAGGGUUCCAAGGAGGGUCUGGUUAUGGUUCCAAAUCUCAAUGGGUGUCCUUGUGGCUAGGAAUCACACUUCUUCCAGACUUUGCUCUUCUGGGUACUACAGGAUUUGAGGGAAAGAAACAAAAGUUUCCAUGGAUUCCAAGGGCUUCAAGUUCCGCAUCCUUAGCGGGUCUAUAGCGAGGUGUGUGUUUUUCCGUGCAUUGUUUCUUGCCUUUGCUGUUUCCAUCGUUUCUCUGCUUCGAAUCCUACCUACCCUCGAUUUGGGAUCUUUGGCUCCGAAGAACUAUGUUGACUGUGUCAACGAUUCAGAAUCACAUGCCAAAAAUGGCACUUCGACUCCUGGUUCCUACUUGUUCCAGAGUCGGAUCCUCCACAGCUUCUGGGGUUCCUUUGACUCCGAGAAUUGCAAGAAAGACAUAAACUUGACUUUCAGUGUAGUCACAGAGCUAAUGGGUAAAGGGUUAUUGGAUUGCGGCGCAAAAAGUCUCUGCAUUGGAGAAGGUUCAGACAUGGUUGUCUUGGCAAUGCAACAUUUAGGAUUCUCCGGAGUCAGUGGUGUACACAAGCACCGUUUGUUCUCCUUCAACAUGAAGAAAAUCGUGUACAUGCUUGAGUACCAGGACUCUUCUUUUGAUUUCGUGUUCUCCAAGGAUGUAGACAAGGUUUCAGUCCCUUCAUUGCUCGUGCUUGAGGUUGAGCGCAUCCUUAAGCCUGGUGGAAUCGGUGCCUUGCUUGUGUCAGCUACCUCAGUGUCAUCAUUGUUGAGAUCUUCCAGCGUCGUGCAUGUUGGUUAUGUCAAUGAGUUUAGCCUUGUAGUUUUCAAGAAAAGAUCUGAAAACACAAGCUCCUUCUUCUAUCAUUAUGGCCUUCCAGCAGAUUGUGUAAGUGUUACCUUCACCAAGCCUCUCGUGGAGCUCAUGGAGCCUCUUGUGGAGGAAACACCACUUUCAGGGUAUGAGAAAAGCAUAUCCUAUUUGCCUAAUUUUGUGGACGUUUCUAGUAGGAAGCGUUUGGUGUAUAUUGAUAUGGGGGUAGGGGAGCUACUGAACACAGAUGUCACUGAUUGGUUCCCACCUUCUUAUCCUAUUGAUCAGAAAGCUUUCAAUGUGUAUUUUGUUCAUUACAACACUUCCAUUCUGUUGUCCUAUGUGAAACAACCUCGUGUCUCCUUUGUUUAUCAUCCGGGAUUGGCUGGGAAGGUUGAAGCCAAAGCUGGUGUGGAUGGAGACUUGGAUCCUUUUUUGGGAGAGGAAGAGUUUGAUUUCCUUGACUGGUUCAAAGAAACUGUGCAGCAUGCUGAUUUUGUGGUCCUGAAGAUGAAUGCAGGGAAAGUUGAAAUGAAGUUCCUCUCAGAUAUAUUUGAAAGUGGAGCUAUUUGCUUUGUUGAUGAGCUAUUUCUCAGUUGCUCAGACAGUGGAGAUGUUAAAAGUAAAACUAUGAGCAGCAAGGAACACUGCAUGGAUAUUUAUAGGGGUCUCAGAAGCAAUGGUGUCUAUGUCCAUCAAUGGUGGGAUACUAAAUUACAUCAAGGGCCUCAGGUGUCAUAGAUAUGAUGAUUGUCGCGUGAGAUAAAUUGUAUCUGUUUUGUGUGUUUGAUGUAUUGGAUAACAGAACAACAAUCUUAGUAGUGUUGUAUUUGUUGUUUGUCAAGAAUGUAGGAUGCUAAUGUUGAUGCACUGAGCUGCAUGCUUUGUAUUUUCUUUUUCUUUUCUUUUUUUUAACAAAGUUUAAUGGCAAGUAAAAAUUGUC